AGAAAAUAGUAUAAUUGUCCCCUAUCGAGAGAGAGAAAGAAGAAGAAAGAUCCUUUGUCUGGGACAAACAAAAGAAACGAAAUAAAAUCGAAGCUUUCACAAAGAAGGAAGUCUCACAAGCCAAGCCGCGGGCUAUAGGGAAAGAAAGGAUCAAACACCGGUGGAAUCUCAGCCGUUGAAACAGAUCGGUGGAUGGAGGAAGCGUGUUGAGGGUUAAAUAAUACUAAUAUUUCUCGGGUAAUGAAGUUUUGAUCUUCCUUUCUGGGGAAGAGAGGUCAGAAAGAAAGAAAAGUUUGGUGGAAAAAAAGGUUUUGUUUUUUACGAAAAGCUGAUUGACUUGUAGCUGAAAAAUAAAGACGAUAGUAAUAAACAGAGUAAGAAGAAGCUGAGAUUUAGCAGAUGCCGGUAGAUUUAGAUAAUUCAUCAACGGUUUCCGGGGAUGCAAGAAGCGUCUCGUCCACCGGAAACCAAAACCAUAAACCUCCUAAGAAGAAACGGAACCUCCCCGGAAUGCCUGAUCCAGGAGCGGAGGUGAUAGCUUUGUCACCCAAAACUCUGAUGGCGACGAACCGAUUCGUCUGCGAAAUCUGCAAGAAAGGCUUUCAACGAGACCAGAACCUCCAGCUCCACCGUCGUGGUCACAACCUACCCUGGAAGCUUCGGCAGAGAUCGAGCAAGGAAGUGAGGAAGAAAGUCUAUGUCUGUCCUGUGUCCGGCUGUGUUCACCACGACCCUUCGCGUGCUCUCGGAGAUCUCACUGGGAUCAAGAAACACUUUUGUCGGAAACACGGCGAGAAGAAAUACAAGUGCGAUAAAUGCUCCAAGAAGUACGCUGUUCAGUCUGAUUGGAAGGCUCACUCCAAGAUUUGCGGCACCAAGGAGUAUCGAUGCGACUGUGGAACUCUCUUUUCCAGGAAAGAUAGCUUCAUAACGCACAGAGCUUUCUGUGAUGUGUUGGCUGAAGAGACUGCCAAUAAUCAUACUCAUACCAAUCAACUUUGUCCUCAAACAUCCGUCGUCCUCGAACCUGACCUGAAAUCUCCAGCAUCCGCCGCUCCUCUUACUCCGCCUCCCACUUCGAAUGAGCCUGCCAAAAUCUCAUCUCCCUCGGUUUUGCCGGUUGAGAGUUCUUCAGAAUCUCCUGAAAACAACCCUCUUGAAGUCAUCAUGGACGAAGAACCUCCAAGAACCAUCGGUUUCAACGUGAGCGAUGACCAUAGCCGCACUCCAAGAACGACAGCUUCGCCUAGUUUAUAUGCAUCCUCAACUCCUCCUUCCACAAGUCUGUUCGCACCAUCUUCAUCCAUGGAACCCAUCUCUCUCUGUCUCUCCACCAAUCCCUCUUUGUUCGGACGACCCACGAUGGCACAAGAUCCACCACCUCACUUCCUAACCCCUCUGAGUCUUCCUCCGCCCCAGCCAGCGAUGUCAGCAACCGCAUUGCUCCAGAAAGCUGCCCAAAUGGGUUCCACGGGCUCGGGUGGCUCGUUACUUCGCGGGUUAGGCCUAGUGUCGAGUGCUUCGUCGUCAUCCAUGGAACUCAGCAGUCACGAUCUUGGGCUGGGACUACUACCUUGUAGCAGCAGCGGUGGUAGCGGAGGAGGAUCGGGGGGUCUGAAAGAGCUAAUGUUGGGGAACUCUUGCGUGUUUGGUCCGAAACAGACGACGCUUGACUUUCUUGGAUUGGGGAGAGCUGUUGGUAAUGGAAGUAGUAAUCCCGUUGGAGGGUUGUCGGCUCUGUUAACGUCGAUCGGAGGCGGGGGUGGAAUGAAUGUGUUUGGGACGGCGGGGGAGUUUUCAGGCAAAGACAUUGGUAGAAGAAGUUCCUAAGAGAGAGAGAGAGAGACAUGAAAGUAGAAGAAGAGUGUAGUUUAUAAGUAUGUUUUUGGUAUUUUUGUUUAAUAGUGAAAGCAGCAGGCAGCUCUAGUGCUGUUGUUCCCCCAGUGUGAAUUUUAAUCAUAUAAGUACACAUAAAGCUUAUAGCUUAGCAGAAACAACAACAAAGUUGAUUUUCGAUUUUUUCGGGGGUCAUCUCAUGAUACGAUGGUGAGUGACAAACAUUAGGUGAGGAUUGAAGUUUGUGUUAUUAAAUGUAUGAUGUUUGCUUGCUGGUCCUAAAACGACGGUGGGAUCGAAUUUUUGCACUGAUGAGGGAAAAAUAAGGAGAUGAGAUAUGACUUUUACUUU